AUGGAAAGAGCCAGCACUGCUUGUUGGAGUCAGCCCGGUGGGACGGCGUACAACAGGAGUUGGCGUCACAGGCUGCUGAGCGAUGAGGACGAUGACUACAACUGCACUGACUGUGAAGCCGGUCACUUGAGCAAAGUCCCUGUCACACUGCUCAUCUGCCUCUGUGGGCUGGUGGGGAAUGGGGCUGUCCUCUGGUUCCUCAGCUCCCGCCUCCGCAAGAACCCCAUCACCAUCUACGUCUUAAGCCUGGCUGUUGCUGACUUCACCUUCCUCCUCUCCACCACCAUUGCCCUUGGGAUAUUUUACCGCCCAGAGAGCCUUUGUCACAGGCUGGUCUCACAGGACGUGACAACUGUGUUGAACAUUGCCAUCCUCUUUACUUUCACCGCCAGCAUCUACCUCCUGACAGCCUUCAGUGCCAUGACAUCCCUGUCUGUCCUCCCCCCGGCCUGCUGCCCCUGCCACCGCUCCCAGCGCUUCCCAGCGCUCGUGUGUGCCCUGCUCUGGGCCCUCUCCUUCCUCUUCACCAUGACCCUCUACUUCUGCCCUGCGGCGCUUGUUGUCUUCGUCUUGAGCUACCUCUUGUCGGUGCUUAUCCUGAUUUUUUCUGGUCUAACCCUGCUUGCCAGGAUCUUGAGCUGUUCAUGGCAACAUCCCCCAAGGAAGCUCUGCGUUGUAGUCCUGCUAGCUGUCUUCUUCUUCCCAUUCUUCACUGCUGACUUUGGCUACUGGCUCUUGCUAAGGCUCUUUGACUUUCCAGUUUUUGUCUUUGCCGCCUCUCUCCCGUUGGCCUGUGUGAACAGCACUAUCAACCCUGUUAUUUACUUCUUGGCUGGGAACUGGGGACAGAAGUUCACAUUCUCUCUUAGUGUUGCUUUCCAAAGGGCUUUUGGAAGUGUAACAGAGUCCCCAAAUAGUGAUGAAACUCCCACUGAAAAUACAGUGGAAACAGCUAUUUGA